AUGUAUAUCGGUAUAGAAUAUGACGCCUGGGAAAGACUAGAUCUUUCUCCAAUGGAAGUGUUUGGAAUUAGCCGAGUUGACACGUGGCGGCCGAACAAUUUCUCUGAAAAGGAGGAAUUCGAUACAGUACGGAGAACAAUCAUCAUCGAAGGAAUUCACAAUUGUUUACUUGAUUUAUUUGGAUCGUCUGUGAAUUACGAGAUCAGAUCAUAUGAUCGUCAAUUGCCACCGAGUCUGAAAAAUAUCAAGAACAGUUAUAUUGCAUCAUUUGCUGUAACAGAUGCAGAGAAGUUGGAAGCAUGUUUCAGAAAAUCUCCACAUCAAGAAUACAUUGUACUCGAUGGAAUGGGUCCACUGAAGUUUUGUCAGAAUUCAGUGAUUAAUCAGACUGAAUAUUUGAUUGUCUCUUGUUUCGAAGCUUGUGGAGAUGACAUUCUAAGAAGUUUCAAAGGAAAAUGUCUCAAUUUGAUUUCAGUGCAUCUUCAACUAUCUACAAUUACUAAGUUUCUGAACGACUGGAAGUCUGAUCUAGGAUUCCGAAACUUGAAAUUUCUUUCUAUUUGUCAUUCUUAUAACGAAAACUGGGACAUUGCCAAAAUAAUGGAAGAUUCUGGUGUUCGACGAUUGCUAGACUAUAAUGUCAUCAAAUGGAAAGAAAGAAGAUUGUCAACAGUAUCAAGUGAGUGGAAAGAAUGGAAGGAGAGACGUUUACUUACUCGCAAGUACUUGGAUAGAGAUUCCGAUAGAGAAAGAGCUUUUGUUCAUAUUUCCCCGAGAGAAUUCUAUUUUGUUGUCGGGAGUUCAGCCGAAAUUAAAAAUGGACGUUGGUUCAACUGGUGA